AGUCACAAGCUUGUGCGCCUCUCCACCGCUGACUACAAUCUGCUAACAAACCAAAAUACUUGUCCCUAAACAAUUUUUUACGGCAUAGUGUCGUUGUUUGGAUUAAUUAAUGAAGAAACAGUUUCUGUGUACAUUGUUUUACUAAAAUAUGGCGUAGAUUUGCGAAAUGCUUCGUGUGCAGGCUUCCCUAUCUCGGAGAAGUGUCCGAUCCAUGCUCCUGUCUGCUGCAAACUCAGGCUGAUGACCGAGGAUUAGUAUCAGCUGAUUUAAAAUGAGGACUAACAAAUCAUACAAGCUAGUGCUCCACAAAAAGGGAUUUGGUGGAAGUGAUGAUGAACUGGUGGUCAACCCAAAGGUCUUCCCUCAAGCCAGUCUGGGGGACCUUGUUGAGAUUGCACACCCCACUGACGAGUACAGUCCUCUUCUGCUGCAAGUUAAGAGCCUGAAAGAAGAUCUUCAGAAAGAGACCAUCAGUGUGGACCAGACCGUAGCUCAAGUCUUCAAACUGCGAGCCUACCAGGAUGUCAUAGUCAACAUUGUCGACCCAAAGGAUGUGACUUUGGACCUGGUGGAGCUGACCUUUAAAGACCAGUACAUUGGUCGAGGAGAUAUGUGGAGGCUUAAGAAAAGUCUGGUGAGCACUUGUGCAUAUGUGACCCAGAAAGUGGAGUUUGCGGGAAUCAGAGCUCAGGCCAGUGAGCUGUGGGUCAAAGGUGAAAAGGUCACCUGUGGAUACAUCAGUGAAGACACCAGGGUGGUGUUCCGAUCCACAUCAGCAAUGGUGUACAUUUUUAUCCAAAUGAGCUGUGAGAUGUGGGAUUUUGACAUCUAUGGGGACCUUUAUUUUGAAAAGGCAGUGAAUGGUUUCCUGUCUGACCUCUUUGCCAAAUGGAAGGAAAAGAACUGCAGUCAUGAAGUCACUGUGGUCCUGUUCUCCAGGACUUUCUACAAUGCCAAGUCUAUAGAUGAAUUUCCUGAAGCACUGAGAGGAUCAGUUCGCCAGGAUCAUGAAGGGCGGUUCUGUGAAGAUUUCUACAGAGUUGUGGCUCAGAACGAGAGACGUGACGAGUGGACGUCUCUACUGGUCACUAUUAAGAAGUUAUUCAUUCAGUAUCCAGUGUUAGUACGACUCAAAGAAGCAGAUGGGUUUCCUGUUGGUUAUAACUCCACAGCUGUUCAAGGAAACUACCUGGAAGCCAUCAACCUCUCCUUUAACGUAUUUGAUAAGCACUACAUCAACCGUAACUUUGACCGGACCGGGCAGAUGUCAGUGGUGAUCACUCCAGGGGUUGGAGUGUUUGAAGUGGACCGUCUGCUCAUGAUCCUCACCAAACAGAGAAUGAUUGACAACGGUAUUGGUGUGGACUUGGUCUGUAUGGGAGAGCAGCCCCUCCACGCUGUCCCUCUGUUUAAGCUACACAACAAACCAACACCAGGAGACUCUCGAGUGGGAGAUGACUACAACCUGCCUCACUGGAUCAACCACAGCUUUUACACAUCCAAAAGCCAGAGCCCCUGCAGCUCCUUCACCCCUCGCAUCAAACUGGCAGCACGCAAACUCCACGCAGAUAAAAUGAAGUCUCACAGGGAGCACACUCUGUGUGUUCACAAAGAGCCAGAGAACAGCCUGCCCAUUCAGGUGGACUAUGACGCUUAUGAUGCUCAGGUGUUUAGACUUCCUGGUCCAUCACGGGUCCAACGCCCCACUCAUUUCAGGAUGGGUCGAGACAGAGAGGCCAGUGCGAGGAAGAGCUGGGUAGAUGUGGGGCCAGGGAUAGGUGCAUCUCCUCCGGUCAGAUCUGCAGACGAGCAGCGCAGUCUGGCCUCGGACGACAGCCUGGGCCCUGUGUCCAACAUGCUCCUGAUCCCCAGAAUCCAGGGACAAGGCCAGUACGAGGUCAGCAGCUCUUUGGGAUACACCAGCACCAGAGAUUUGGUGGAGAAGAUGCUGGACUCUCAGAGGGAUAACAGUGCUCCAGGCCGGUUCACUGUGGGUAGUGCUGAGUCGACUCUGCACAUCCGCCCAGGAGGAUACACCCCCCAGAGGGCGCUCAUCAACCCCUUCACCCCAUCCCGGAUGCCCAUGAAGCUCACCUCUAACCGCCGCCGAUGGAUGCACACCUUCCCCGUCGGUCCCUCUGGUGAAGCUAUCCAGAUCCACCAUCAGACCAGGCAGAACAUGGCGGAGCUUCAGGAGGAGAGAGACCCUGCCCACACGUCGGCAGAGCUGCUGGAGCUGGCCUAUCAUGAAGCCACGGGCAGGAGAGCCACGUUGCGUUAUGGAGACAGCAGCCUGUACAUCGGAGGAGUUGUGGAGGAGUUUAGUGGAAGUCCAGGGAGUCAUGCAAGUGGGUCUUUGACAAAUCGCGGGUCCUUUGAAGACUUCUCUCUGAGCGGCAGUGAUCCGAUCUUGGUGCUGUCUGCGCCUCCGACAGUGCCUAGCUUUUGCUGCACGGUGGGAGUGGACUGGAAGUCUCUGACCACGCCCGCCUGCCUGCCCCUCACUACUGACUACUUCCCCGAGAAACAGGCCCUGCAGAAUGACUACACAGAGGGCUGCUACGACCUGCUGCCUCACAGUGACCUCGACAGGCGUGAGGACGAGGCUCCCUCCAUGAGUGCAGCUCAGGUGUUUGAGGAGUUCAUCUGUCAGAGGCUGAUGCAGGGGUAUCAGAUCAUAGUGCAGCCAAACAACAGGAAGUCCCAGCCCGCCACAGCCCCGCCCCUCGGCAGCAGCCCGCUCUACUCCAGAGGUCUAGUAUCAAUGCGUCGCAUGGAGGACGAGGAGACAGUUUACUGGCUGAGCAUGGGACGCACGUUUCACAAAGUCUGCCUCAAGGACAAGAUCAUCACAGUGACGCGCUACCUGCCCAAGUACCCCUAUGAGACUGCACAGAUCACCUACAGCUACAGUCUGUGCCCACCUCACACAGAUGCCCAGUUCGUGUCCUGCUGGGUGGAGUUUGGGCAUGAGAGGCUGGAAGAGUACAAAUGGAACUACCUGGACCAGUACAUCUGCUCAGCCGGAUCAGAGGACUUCAGCCUGAUCGACUCCCUGAAGUUCUGGAGGACUCGGUUCUUGCUGCUUCCGGCUGGAGGGGCCCGGCGUGUUGGGGACAUGGAGGGCCCCUGGGACGUGUAUGGAGAGGGCCCUGGGGUCGGGGCUGGGGGCAGCGGGGAGGGGGCUUUACUUGACGGGUUCAUUCGCUUUGUGGAAGGACUGAACCGAAUCAGACGUCGUCAUCGCUCAGACAGGAUCAUCAGAAAGGGGACCCCGAUGAAGGUGUCUGCCCCCCUGCCCUCGUACCCCCCUGAACCUGUGGCCCCCCCUCAGGGCAAGAAGGGCACCUCAGCCUUAUCCGCGCUGCUGGAGAUGGAGCAGAACCAGAAAUGUUUGGAGGAGCAGCAGUCUAAGCCCCCUCCCCUGACCCCUGACCCCACAGCAGUGUCUGUAGCCCCCUCAUAUGUGGACAGCCCCCGGAAGGACGGUGCCUUUAUUUUGGACUUUAUUCGUAGUCCUCGCUCCUCGUACAUCCACCACUCGCAGCUUCCCCCUGAGUCCUCUGAUGCUGCAGAUAAAUCAGGACAACAGACCCCCGCCCAGACCACAGCAGAGACUGGAGCCCCAGAAGCCAGUGGACAAUCUGCUACUGGAGCUUUGUCUCUGUCCUCCUCCCCGACCCCUCUGGAAAUUCUAGAGGCCAUCAAACAUCCUACUACUGGGGUGCAGCUCCUGCCAGAACAGAAGGGUUUGCCCCCAAACUGCUUCAUCAGCGCAGAGGUGGUUCAUUGGCUCGUGAACCAUGUGGAGGGCGUAGCCACUCAGGGCAUGGCUGUGGACAUCAUGCAGAAAAUGCUGGAGGAGGGAUUAGUGGCUCAUGCUUCAGGAGACGCCAUGAGGACCUUUGUCUAUGGAUUCUACUUUUACAGAAUCGUAGGAGACAAAGAUGCCUCAGCCUCCCAGAUGCCCCCUUCAACUGGGGGAGUGUGGUCCACAGCUGCCCUGGAGGACUUCGCCCUGUUCCAGAGGAAGUGGUUUGAGGUGGCGUUCGUCCUGGAGGAGCGCAGACCAUGUGACCUGCCGGCCUUUCUGUUGCCAUGGUUACCCAGUAGGCCCGCCUCCUACGCAAGUAGGCACAGCUCUUUCAGCCGCAGCUUUGGAGGACGCAGCCAGGCCGCCGCACUGCUAGCGGCCACAGUCCCAGAGCAAAAGACGGUGACCCUGGACGUGGAUGUGAAUAACCGUAGUGACCGCAGUGAGUGGUGCAGCUGUUAUUACCACGGCAACUUCUCCCCAAACUCCGCCUUCGAGAUCAAGCUGCACUGGAUGGCUGUCACUGCUGCCGUGCUUUUUGAGAUGGUCCAGGGCUGGCACAGAAAAGCUGCCUCCUGUGGUUUCCUCCUGGUCCCGGUGCUGGAAGUUCCUUUUGCUCUGACCUCGUACCUGUACGGAGACCCCCUUAGAGCGCACCUGUUCAUCCCCCUGCACAUACACUGCCUGCUCAAGAACGCCACAGACAACCUCUUUGAAGGAUUUGAGCCGGAGACAUACUGGGAUCGCAUGCAGCUCUUCCAGGAGGCCAUCCUCUACAGAUUUGGCUUUGUUCAUGAUAAGUUUUCUGCCUCAGCCUUCAACUUCCCCUCAGAGAACAAGCCCCAGUACAUCCACGUCACAGGCACAGUUUUCCUGCAGCUUCCCUACUCUAAGCGUAAAUACUCUAACGCCCCCCAGCGUCGGCGGCGAAACUCCAUCACAUCCAACAACCAGGGUCCGUUUGGAGGAGAGGAGCGCGUGGGCUUCUAUUGGGCCUAUAACACGAUGCUGACGAAAGCGUGGCGAGCGGGUGUUUUGGGAGAUGAAAGACUGGCAGACCGUCUACUGCGCGAUUUCACUGACUUCUGCGCCAACAAAGACAAUAGGCUGCUAAAUUUCUGGGACAGCUGUGUGGAGAAGAUGAACGCCAGUGCACCCUGACAGGUCUGAUAAUGGACUGUGAAGUGCCUGCUCUGGUAUGACAGGUUUUAGCACUUGAAAGACUUAAAGGCUCACUGUGUAACUUUUCUAGUGGAGGGUUCGUCACCUGCUUUUCUAUGGAGAUAUCAUUGCUCUGCCUGGAAUGUUCCACAGUAUGACAUUCAAUAGCGCUACUUUACAUUUAUUCAAUUAUAGUUGGUUUUAUAGCUCAAAAAUCCCUAGAAAAACAGGCAUUCUGACUGUGAGCAGAGUCUCCUCGCCACAGAUCUGACCUGUAACUUGGCUUGGUCUCCAUGAAGGUAGAAAGCUUUAAUACCAUACUGUGGAACAUUCCAUACAAAGCAAUAACAUCUCCAUGGAGAAAAGCAUUUGACGGGCCCUCCACCAGAAAAGUUACAAAAUGCACCUUUAAAGGAGCCAAAAAUUUGACUCAAGUAAGAGUAACGUUACUUCAACAAAAAAUACUACAAAGUACUAUCCAACUCUGCUCUUCAGGCACAUUAUGUAACCUCUGCAGGACAUUUCCUCACCGCCUUUUUCCAUGGAGAUGUUAAUGCUUUAUCAGGAGGAAGUAUGGCAUUAAUUAAUUUUAUUUAUUGUCAUUGUCAGUGAACAAAAUUCACUAACUAUGAACUUGCUUCAGUGGUUUGGUGUACCAUAGAACAACAAAUGAUAUUAGUAAAUAAACUAACUAACUAAAAUAUAAUUAAGGGCAUGCAUUAAAAUCAGGUGAAUAAAACAGUAAUUAAAACACUAACUGAAUUAAUCUCUUGCAUUAAUUCAGUUAGUGUUUUCAUUGUUAAGAAAACAUCUUGAAAAACAUGUAUUCUGAACAAAGCAAUAACAUCUCCAGGGAGAUAAAUGUUACAGUUUACCUUUUUAAAGAACAAGAUUCCAGCACAUAGAAUGCUUGUCUUGGCAUCUGCGCCCUCUGCUGGUAACAGUGGGAAAGAAUUUUAAAAAUGCAUGUAACUGGAGCAGAAGUGGACAGUGAUACCUUCAUAAUGGAGACGAUGAAAAGAUUCAGGUGAAAUCUGUCAGCUGCCGAAGUGCCUUUUAAAUUGUUCAAGUGAAAGUACUUUUUAGUAACAACAGUGUGCUUUGGAGAACUGUGAGACACAUACAGAGACAUUAGAAACAGAACAUUUCUCCUCUUUGUAAAGUUACAUGUAAUGACUGAAACAUGAAAAUGUUUUAAACUAAUUUGUGGUUGUGUAUAGUGUAAAGUUACAUAAAUAAUGUCACACCUA